AAUAACCGAGUGCAACGUCAAACUCUGUACUUAACUGUGUGUGUUGCAGAAUUACAAGAAGCUCUCGCAAAGUGGAUCCUUUCCUCCAAAUCCUCUCACAGGUGGCAUAUCAUUCAGUGCCAUGUCAACACCGGGGAGCCGUACCGGUCCCGGGGCCGUGGCUCCGUGUCAGCCCUCCUCCUCCUCGGUGGAGAGCAGCGGCUGCACGGAGCCUGACCCGGGCCUCUUCCUCCCGGUGACCCAGUCCUCCGUGUUGGCUCGACGCCUCCUGAAUUUACGGGCGUACAGCAGCAGCGUGACCCGCCGCAAGAGGGAGAUGAUCCCCAACGAGAAGAAGGACUCAAACUACUGGGUGAAGCGGAAAAAUAACAACGAGGCGGCCAGGCGGUCCCGGGAGAAGAAGAGGCUGAGCGAGCUGAUAGUGGAUGGGCAGCUGCUGGCUCUCAGCGAGGAAAACACCCAGCUGCGGGCUAAGCUGCUCAGCAUGCAUUACCACAGCAGCCUGGGUGCAGAAAGGAGAAAACCUGCUUCUGCAACAUACAAUGUGCCCUCAUCACCUGCCGUUUUCCAGCCAGGGCUCUGGGGCAACAACGGCAGCAAUGCAUUUUCAUUAGAGGACAAGAUUCCUCGCUUUAGCUCAACAGGUGUGGGUGGUUUCAAUCCACACAGUUCCCUCUUCUCACAAGGCUUCUCCCCCCUCUCCGGGCCCCGUGUCCUCUGUCCAGAGGCAGAGAUGGAUGCUCAGCGACAGGUUUCCUCCAGCGACGACAUCUACAAAUCCACCCAUGCGUCUUCCCUCCGAGCCUUUCUGCCCUCACCUGACCCCCUCCACCAUGCCUCCAUCCGGUCACCUAGAUCCUGGCUGCUGCCCCACAUGAAUCCAUCCGCAGUGUGCAAUAAUUUCCUGCUGCCCUGGCGGUCUUCAUACCUGCCCCCGCCGGGUGUCUACCCCGGCCUGCCUCUCUACAUCCAGGAGAGACAAGGCCAGGGUCUCGGUGUGGAGGCAGACACCCAGCUGGGGGGAUUAAAGAGCCGCUUCAGCAGACGGGAUGCACCUCAGUCCUGAUUGACGCUUAUUACCGUUUAUUUAGAGGCCAAUGGAUGCAAAACAUGCUUUACAUCUGGUCAUUUUAACAAGCCUCAAUGCAACAGGCCGUUCGAUGUUUUGCCAUUAUGAGAAGAACAUGCCAAUUACAGUGUGCAUAUUUAUCAAAAUAUAGUCUGCAGAUAAUAUCAAAUCCAUGUCUCAAAUGCGAAUUUACUGCAAGUCAAAUGUGUUUGUUCUGACUGUUGUAUUGUAAGAAUGAAAACAGCCCUGUCAGAAACCCAAAAUAAAUUUAAGUUUUCACUUUUUAAUGCUACUGUAAAAUAAUAGAAUCUAACAAAAAUCAUUCCAGUUUUUUUUGUAGCAAGACAUGGGGUUGAUUAGGGGUUAAGAUUUAAUGAUGUGAUUUUUUACGGUUUAUAUCUGCGGUGGAAAACAUGCUGACAAAGCCAACGAAACUAGGUUGUUGUUGGCUUGGUAUUCCCCUUUAUCCCCACUGCGUGAUUUCCCAGCUAAAUUAGAUUCAGCGGAAAAUCAAACCGUUUAUCUGUAGACCUCCAGCAUCACGAGACCCCGCCCUCCAUUGCAUCUGCUCAUAUUUACCUUUAUUUUAAGAAAUCAAUAAGAACAUGUCCUAAUGCGUACAAUACCUUUUUUAAAGCAGUCUGCACUUACACAUAAAAAACACCUCUCUUGAAAAUGUUUCUUGAGGAAAUAUUGUUAGGAAUACUUUAAGAUCAGUAACCUAUAGGUCCUUUAAAAACGCUUAAAUGAAUUCCAAAGUCAAAACAAAUAAAUAGCGUGAUGCUCCAACAUACAAUUAAUAUCUGUUAUUCCUGCAGCCUUUUUAAAUAGGCCUAUAUCCAUAUAGAUGCAUUAAUCAACAUUGGUAUGUAAAGGAACAACUAAAAGUUGUAUUCCAUCUUGAAAAGUCUUCUCUCUUGCCCUGUCACUCUAAAACAAAACAGCGGAGAAAGCCUACAUUAUUAUUAACAGAUCUUAUACGUUUUGACAUAAAGUUGUGUUCAAACAUUCAAAUGAUUUGCUUCUUUCUGUUCUUAUAGGUUUAGUUGUAGUGUUUGUUAGUUUAAUUUAAUUCCUCCCGGUUUUCAGGUCAUAUUCUGUAAGGACAUGUUCCUGAAGCUACCAGCAGAUGGCGCUACAACACAGUAUUUAAAAACAUGCGGUUUUUGUUAACAAAUAGGACGACCUUUCUGCCCAUUUUCUGUAUGUAUGAGCAUAUAUUUGUAUUUAUACCUUUUUUUAUAUUUAAGAUUUGCACGGAUUUUAUACAAACAAAAAAAGGUGAGUUGGAACAAAAUAUAUUUUAUCGUGGAUUUUUUUUUUUAUCACCCUACUAGAAAGGUAGUCAUCCUUUUUUGGAAAGGUACUUGAGUCUUAAAAAAAACAUUUUACAGGUUUUGUGCACAAUCAUUUGUAAAAUAACAUUGAACUUGUUAUUGCAAAAAAAAAACGAAAAUCUCUUAAACAUGUUUUUGCUGUCCUAUAAGCUUUGCAACAGGAAUCUCAGGAAGAUUUUAUAAGACUUUAUUGUGCGAUUUUGAAACUCUCAAACACCACAUUGUCGUCACAUUUAGCUGUUUUCAAAGACAAUAAUCUAUUCUGGGUCAUAGUUCAGGAAUACACUUUGUUUAAUGUAAAAUGGUGUUGAAUUUGAACAAUGAUGUAAUAUACUUUCUGGUUUUUACAAGAAGACUUUGUUACAGUUACUGUACAUACAUCCCUCAGACGGAAAGGGGCAUUUUGAAUAAAAAGAAGACUGAACACAUACAGGUGUCAGGGCAACAUACGAGAGUUUGAUUAUCUCUUUGUAGUCGUACAGAUCAGACUGCGACCUCUGUGCCCUAUAACAACAAUAAAGCAUUUUCACAUUAAA